AUGCGCAGACCACUCAACUUGAACCUUCGGACACUUCGUGCACUUCGUCUCUGUACUUACCCCCCGAACCAAAAUCAAUUAUUCCACUCCAAGCCAACACCCAACAUAAUGGCCCCCCUAAAUCCAACCUCCCAGUCAAGGAGGCAAUCACCAGACUCCGAAACUAUAUCCCCCCCGCCAACAGUGUACGACUCGCUCCCGCUAAGCAGACGGGCGGCUGUGCUGAUACUGCUCUUCGCCGACGCCAAGGGCGACCUUAAGGUGGUUGUUACGAUCCGGGCUAAGACACUAAGUUCGUAUGCAGGAGAUGCAGCUUUACCUGGAGGCCGAGCAGAACACGCAGAAACCGCCUUUCAAACGGCGCGCCGAGAGGCAAGUGAGGAGAUCGGCCUCCCCGAUAUUAACCAAAAGCUUCCACCCCCGUUCAGCGUGGAGCAUCUCUGCGAGUUCCCGGCCAAUCUUGCUAAAACGGAGGUGGUUGUACGUCCCUGCGUCGCUUUCCUCCACAGCUAUGAUCCGGCAUUGGGGAAUGCCGAUCCGGAGGUGUCGCUUAUUCCUAUUUUGGAUGCGAGAGAGGUUGAGGCUGUUUUUACUGCGCCAUUCAAGGACUUUUUGUGUGGAAAUGUACAGAAUGGACAUGAAUGGUAUCGUGGAUCUUGGGGGAUGUGGCAUAAUUCACACUGGAGGAUGCACCAGUUCUUUGUUCGAGAAGAUCAAGUCUAUCGUAUCUUUGGCAUGACCGCACGAAUUAUUGUCGAUGCAGCCCGUGUCGCAUAUGCACAGGAACCGGAAUUCGAGCAUAACAGUCACUUUGGUGAUGAGGAGAUGAUCGCCAAACUUCGUCAGUUGGGCCGAUUAGGUGAGAAGGCAGCCCUUAGUUAG